AUGGCCUCAGCCCGAGGGGCCAAGCAGUCUUCGCCCCGGGUGGGGACCACCCGCUACACAGAGACGUCCACGGUCCGCGUAGAGACCUCGUCCCACCGCGUGGAGACGUCGUCCCGACGGGUGGAGACCUCCCAGCGCCGCAGCGAGGGGCCCUCCCUCUCCCCCUCGGGGAAGCGGCUCCCUGGCAUCCUCGAGGCGUCCUCCCGGCACGUGGAAUCCUCCUCGCAGCGCACGGAAACGACCUCCCGCCACGUCAGAGCCUCGUCCCUGAGGGUGGAGACGUCUCUGCACUGCGCGGGGAGCCCGACCCCGCGGGCCAAGCCGGCCGCCCGCCAGAACGAAAAAACGGCCCGAUGAGAUGCUGCUUCCCAAAGGCCACCAUGGGGCCAGGGCCCUCAGCCAGGACAGAAAGGCCUCCAGUUGCCAACCAGCCAGCCAGCUGCCAGGUGGACCAAUCAUUUUCGGUUUCAUGGAAACAAACCAUAAAUCAAUGUAAGAAACAGCCAAGCCGCAGUUUCUAAACACAGCCAACGUUUAUUGACCGUCCUGCGUCUUGGACCAGCCUACUUUUGACCCAGUGAACUAUUUUCACUUGAAGCCAGCACAGAAGGUUUUCAGGCCCAGGAUGCUGUCUAAAUCGGGUUGAUGGACAAAGAGAGGCUGUUUGAUCCUCUGAGCCAGGUGAGUUUGGGAUCCACAGCCCUCAGAAAACCUUCACCCCUUAGGAACGGAGACCAAACUGAAAUAAUGACCUGUGGAAUGAUUCCAUGCCUGCUAAAAACUUGAGGGGCAAGGAACAGACUCAUAAAUUAUUAAUUGGCCUUUGUUUAUGUUUCAAAGUAAAUGGUUGUUUUCUUUAUGCUAAGUCUUUGUACCUGGCACCCCCAUCCAUACACUUUUUUAAGGUAGGUUAGAUGUGGUUAAAAAUGACAGUAAACCCACCAGCAAGCAAAAAUAAUCUUAGAAGAGAAAGUGAGAGGAGGUCAUUGAAACCUGGCCUGAGGUUUGAAGAAGAUGGAGAAGAGUUAUAUUUAUUGAGAACCGGCUCUGUGCCAGGCACUAGACGUUCCUCCACUUACGAUGGGGUUACCUCCCGUUAAAACUAUUGUAAGUUGAAAAUAUGGUAAUUUGAAAAUGCACUUAAUACCCCUAACCUACUAAACAUCAUGGCUUAGCCUAGCCUACCUUAAACAUGCUCAGAACACCUAAAGUUGAGCAAAAUCAUCCAACAGAAAGCCUGUUUUAUAAUAAAAUGUUGAAGAUCUCAUGUAAUUUAUUGCAUACUGUACUAAAAGUGAAAAAGAAUGGUUGUAUGAGUACUUAAAGUACUAUUUCUACUGAAUGUCACUUUUGUACCAUUGUAAAGUCGAAAAAUCAUAAGUCAAACCAUCUUAAGUUGGGAACUGUCUGUAUUCUGGGAACUUGGGCUAUAGCAGUAAAAAAGGCAAAGUCCCAGCUCUAGUGGAGCUUACACUCUGGUGAAAAGGCAGACAAGCAAUGAUGAAACAAGACAAUUUUCUAUUGUGAUUAGCACUAUGAAGGAAAUACAUGGGUAAUGUGA